AAAGUGCUACUCCCAUAUUUCAAAGUCUGUUUGAGAGGCACAUAUACAGGCCAUCUACAGAUAUUAUGGCAUUAUUUAAAAUGGAUAUUCCUCAAAGAGCCCAGCCCUUUUUAGAGUGUGGCAUUGAAGAAUGUGAAAGAAACUGUGAGCUCUAUUGCAACCCUUGCCAUCAAAGAUUGUGCAAACAAUGCAGAGAUGAACAUCUGAAAAGUCUAGAAAACAAGAACCAUGAGGUGGUCCUUUACCAGCAACGUAAACGACAACUUCCUGUGGAGAAAUGCAAGAUCCACCCCACUAAAGAUGUGGACAUGCUCUGUGAAGAAUGUCAAGUUCCGUUAUGUUCUAAAUGUGUUACAAUGGGAGACCACGAAAGGCAUAAAUUUGUUGAUCUUGAAAUAGUAUACACAGAAAAAUUUGCACUCUUCCAACAGGAAAUCUCCAAAAUUCACGAGUAUUUUCUCCCUACAUCACAAGAUUUACAGAAAGAAAUUAAAAAAGAUUCCUCAGAAAUUAAAUACAUCAUGGACAACAUCAGAACAUCCAUGAAGACUGAAGGUGAGACCCUGAAAAGUCUGGUGGACACAGUCGUAUCUGAGAACAUGGAGCAGUUAGACCAGAUAGAGCAUUCACUGUUAGAAGAUCUAAACACCCAAGACAAGACCAUGGAGGAUUACAUCACUUAUCUCAAUAACCUUGUCAAAGAGCUCCACAGAUGUCUGUCCUCUACAGAAACCCAGAAAUUAAUGUCUGAGAAGAAACCAAAGAUCCGAUCCAUACCAGAGACAACAAAACCAGUCACACCAGGAUUUACUGCUGGUCAAUACAGCGAAAGUGAUGUCACCAAAUUACUUGGUAAAAUACGUGUCCCCAACACUAAAUCAAAAAAGAGAGAAAUAAGGCCCAUUGAAAGUGUCUACAAUACAGCAAUGAAACCUACACAUAAACAGAUGAAAGAAAAUAGAAAGAAAUAUGAAAAGAAACAAACACUGUCUCUAUCUGCCUCUGUCACCAAGGUCAGGGAGUUCAAUGUACCAGGUGUUGAUGAUGUGCACCAUGUAUCACUAGAUCAAUCAGACAGACUCUGGAUCAGUGACAAUAAGGGUAAUCUUGUCCAAACAGAUCUACAGGGGAAUGUGAUACAGAAGAUAAAAACCAGUGGUGAAUCUGAAGGUUACCACACAGUCACACAGGACAGGGAUCUGAUCUUUACAGACAAAUACAAGAAAGUCAUUAAAAGGAUAACACAGGAUAAAAAAAUCACUGAAUUCCUUAAAACUGGAGACUGGGAACCACUCUGUAUACACUCCUCCAAACUCAAUGGGGACUUACUGGUAGGGAUGGGGAAGGCCGGAAAAGGUAAAGUCACCAGGUACAACAAGACAGGAAAAGAACUACAGAACAUAGAGAGGGAAAACAAAGGAAAAAGACUGUAUAUAACACCACACUCUAUCACAGAAAACAUCAAUGGAGAUAUCUGUACAUCAGACAAUUAUAAAAAUGCAGUAGUAGUGGUGAAUAAAUCAGGACAACACAGGUUCUCCUACUUAGGUCAGGGGUCAGUGUUAUCUCUCCAUGGAAUCUGUACUGAUGUCCUCGGUCACAUCCUGGUCUGUGAUUGUAUCAGUGACGCUGUUCACCUCCUUGAUCAGGACGGUCAGUUCUUGUCUCUAUUACUCACACCACAACAAGGGGUAGAGGAUCCCUUGAGUGUGUGUGUGGAUGAUGAGAACAAUCUCUAUGUGGGACAACGGUACACCAAGACACUGACAGUGUAUAAGUAUUUACAGUGAAAUAUAACAUUGCAGUUAAGUACAUGUAUUCUUUUAUACAACCAUUCUGUGUGUUUACAUGUAUUUGCACAGUUAUAAUAUUUUUCAUUAUUAAACAAAAAGACAUUUUGAAUCAUGUGUAUCAGUGGUAUACUGGAAAUGAAUUGUUUUGAGUUACACAAUUAUAACUGAUAAGUUUAAAAGACACUAUAGUUUGAAAAUAAUCUAGAUGCUAAAUUAUUUAACAAAUAACAAAUUUGCUAAAAUUCGUGAAUUCAAAUGAUAUUUUUAGUCAAUUUUUAUUCUGAAUGAUUUAACAGUUGAUACAUAUAUAUAAGUCUACUGGGUUUUGUUCGGUUUACCUGUUAAUUGAUGUACAUAAUUUGGGAGCAAUCGUUAUAUAGUGUAUAUAUCUAAACCUAUUCUCUUGGUUAAUUUCCAAAAAUGCACAUUGUCGUA